AUGUCCGGAUUCCAGACCAAAGCAACCAUCACCUCCUUUGGGGGCCAGCUCCUCAAGCUCUCCCACAAGUCCAACACCACCGGCACCGACAUGGCCGUCAACCUCUACCUGCCCCCGCAGUCCACCACUCGUGCCGUCCCAGUCCUCUUCUACCUCUCCGGCCUGACCUGCACCCCCGACAACUGCACCGAGAAGGGCUUCUUCCAGUCCCAGGCCUCUGCCCGUGGUGUCGCCAUCGUUUACCCGGACACCUCCCCGCGCGGCCUCGACCUGCCGGGCGAGCGUGACAGCUGGGACUUUGGCGAGGCUGCCUCUUUCUACGUGGACGCCACUCAAGAACCCUUCCGCCAGAACUACAAGAUGGAGACCUACAUCACCAAGGAGCUCCCCGAGCUGCUCUUCCGCGAGUUCGCCGGGAAGCUCGACCGCUCCCGCGUCUCCAUCACCGGCCACUCCAUGGGCGGCCAUGGCGCCCUGUCGCUGUACCUUCGUCACCCCGGCAUGUACCGCAGCGUCAGCGCCUUCGCGCCCAUUGCCAACCCUUCCAAUUGCCCCUGGGGCGAGAAGGCCUUUAAGGGCUACCUCGGCGACGACCGCGCAGAGUGGGCCAAGCACGACUCUACCGAGCUCGUCAAGAACUGGAGCUACGGUCCUCUGAACGCCCUGGUUGACGUUGGUCUCGGUGACAACUUCUACAUCCAGAAGCAGCUGUUGCCCGAGAACUUUGAGAAGGCCGUCAAGGAGAAGGGCCUUGAGGGUCUGUCCCUGAGAUACCACUACGGCUAUGACCACUCCUAUUUCUUCAUGGCCUCCUUCGCCAAGGACCAUGUAGACCACGCCGCCAAGCAUCUGGGUCUCGGCUCUGCCUGA